GGGGGAGGAAUAGUGCCCCAUCGUUGGUGUCAGUGGGGGAGGAAUAGUGCCCCAUCGUUGGUGUCAGUGGGGAGGAGGAACAGUGCCUCAUCGUUGGUGUCAGUGGGGGAGGAGGAAUAAUGCCCCAUCGUUGGUGUCAGUGGGGAGGAGGAACAGUGCCUCAUCGUUGGUGUCAGUGGGGUAGGAACAGUGCCUCAUCGUUGGUGUCAGUGGGGAGGAGGAACAGUGCCUCAUCGUUGGUGUCAGUGUGGGAGAGGAACAGUGCCUCAUCGUUGGUGUCAGUGGGGAGGAGGAACAGUGCCUCAUCG